GAGGCUAUGCGUCACGAGUUAGACAGAACCUAAGAGCAGACCUUCAAGCUUCACCAACGACUUGUACUGCUCUCGUUUCUGAUUGUAUUAGCGGAUGAUGACUGCUGAGCGGGAAGCUAUCGAUGAUCCUACCGCUGGGUUUGCGGAUGACCCUCGCUACUUCUUUGAUACUGUGUCUGGCAAAUGGCAGUAUGAGGCGGAUGAUGGGACGGAGCUCGAAUAUGAUACUGUUGCACGAGCGUGGGUUCCUCUGGUUGAAGAAGACCUAUUGAAGGCACAACAAGCUGCAUAUUCCGUUGCUGGUGUCGACGAAGAAGCGCCAGCGGCACCCGUCUUAAAGCGUCACAAGAAGCGAAAGGACGUCGACUACACUUCGAGCACAAUUCCUUCCGAUGCCGGCCCGUCCAUUAAGCGGAGGAAGGGUGACUCAGGCACAGCACACAAUGGAGAGGGUAGUUCGUCGACAGCAAAACUGACUCAGUCCAAGAACACUGCUGUUUUCGUCUCAGGCCUACCCCCUGACACUACGUUCGAGGAAAUGGUAGCUCGCUUCAAACCUUUCGGAGUCCUCAUGGAGGAUGAUGAUGAACAGCCCCGGGUCAAAUUGUAUGCCAAAGAGGAUGGAAGCUUCAGUGGAGAAGCUCUUGUUGUCUAUUUCAAAGAGGAAAGCGUGGACCUAGCAAUACGCAUGCUGGACGAAGCUGAGCUGAGGUUAGGGGAUGCUGGGACUGUUAUGAGGGUCAAGAGAGGUGAAUUUAAUCAUAAAACAACAAACGGCGAAGGAGGAGAGAGGGCGACAGUGAAGCGGACAAUUGACAAGAAGAGGGCGACGGCUCGAAUAACGAAAUUGAACAACAAACUUGCCGAUUGGGACUCGUCAGACGAAGAUGGUACUGCGGAGAGGCAGCGGAAGGCUGCUCUUGUGAAGAUUAGAACAGUCGUGCUGAAGCACAUGUUCACUCUGAAGGAUCUCGAGCAAGAUCCAACGUUGCUACUGGAUCUUAAGGAAGAUGUCCGGGAGGAAUGCGAAACCCUGGGCGAAGUGACGAACGUGGUAUUGUAUGAUAAAGAGGAAGAUGGUAUUAUGACGAUAAAAUUUAAGGAGCCUCUGAGUGCACAAGCAUGUGUGAUAAAAAUGAACGGGAGAUUUUUUGAUGGUCGUAGAGUGGAAGCGUCGCUUUACGAGGGGAAGUCAAAGUAUAAGAAGUCCAGCUCUGGGGCUGACCAUGAAGGAGAUGAUGAACAUGGGGGUGAUGAGGAUGAAAAGAAGAGACUGGACGCCUUUGCGUCAUGGCUCGAGAAGGAUGAAUUGCAGGAGAAUAAGGCGUGAAGCUUGACCAAAGUGGAAAAAUUAUGUUGUUUGGAGAGAUCGAAGAGUGAUUAUCCCGGUUGGGAUCGUGGGCUCAUCAUAUUCUGCUACCACACGUAUC